GUCCUGUGUUUUAAUUGUUAAAAUAAUUAAUUUUAUUUGGUUUAACAAAACGAUAUUUGAUUCGCUCGUACUUUAUUACAUACAAUCCUACCCCUAACAUUGUCUAGAAAUUUUAGUAUCCGAUCGCUUUACUAUCACUUUCAUCACUAUCACAUCCAUUAAAUUUUCGAACAUGCAUUAGAACUUUGUCACUUUUUCUCAGUGUAGCGAAUGCGUCUGGCGUAGAUUUUUUGGGUGGGCGCGGUUCAGAGCAGCCAGCCAGUUUCGAAGGCUGUGCCCCAAACACACCUUUCAACAAUCGACUGCUGGGUGCGUGUGCAGCUUCGCCCCAAUCUGGUGGCCAUAAAGUCGAGACAUGGAAGCAUGGGGACAUGGAGACAUGGGUGCAUGGAGACAUGGGAGGCACUGGUGCUCAUGCGGCCACCACACACCUGAUACGUCCGGCCACCCGGUUAAGGCCCAAAUAAUUCGCUUUCGAAUUGAACUUUUUUGUCACGACAACAACGACGGCGAUUCAGCCGGCGUGGGACCAGUUUGGUGCUUUGGUCCGGCACAGUCCUCCCAGACUCCCAGACAUGCGUGAACCGCAGAGCCGCACCCUCCUCCUCCUCCAGCUCCUGCAGCUUGGCCGGCUCCUCCUUCACCUCCUCCGGAGCAGCCCCUUGUGAUUGCCAUGGGCAGUGGAACGAAAAAUGAAUUAUUUUAUAUUUGUCGCGAUCGAUGCGAGUAUUUCGCAUAGGCACAGGCCAUUACAGACUCCACACGCAUGCGCACUUUUUAGUUGUUUAUUAUUUUGUGUGUCUUGCUGCGCUUUUUGCAUAAAUAUCUGAUGGCAGGCGGCGGCAGGCGGCAGACGGAGGCUGUGGCAGAUUUUUUGGGCUCGCGUCUAUGGGAGGCCUAUAAAAAGCAAUUGUCGUGCGGCCACAGAACCACAGAUCGAGUUCAUUUGUCAGUCGAGCAGCAGUAGUCCUCCAGUUCUCCACGACUCCAUCGCAAAAGCACUCCAAGCACACACCCGUUCAGAAUGGCACAGAAACUGAUCCUCGUCCUGAGCGCCCUGGUGGCGGUGUCCACCGCCGUGGUGGUUCCUGGUCCCGGACUGGCACUGCCCGCCUAUCCAUCGUACCCGGCGCUGGCCAAGGUGGCUGCUCCUCUGGUGGCCAAGGUGGCGGGUCCGGAGCCCUACGAUCCCAAUCCCCAGUACACCUUCAGCUACGAUGUUCAUGAUGGCUCCACUGGCGACGUGAAGAGCCAGCAGGAGACCCGCAGCGGAGAUGUGGUGCAGGGUGCCUACUCCCUGAUCGAGGCCGAUGGAACCCGCCGCAUUGUGGAGUACACCGCCGAUCCCGUGCACGGAUUCAACGCAGUGGUGCGCCGCGAGGGAGCCGUGGUGAAGGCUGUGGCUCCGGUGGCCAAGGUUCUGGCCCCGUCUCCGCUGCUCCAUGCCGCACCCCUGGUGGCCAAGCUGCCCGCCUAUGGACCGGCUCUGGCGCCCGCCUACCCGGCUCUGGCCCACGGAUACGGACCGGCUUUGGCUCCCGCCUAUGGACCAGCUCUGCCCAAGCUGGCACUGCCCGCUCUACCCGCCCUGUCGCCCCUGGGCUACCACUAAGUCAGAUGAAUGGAUGUAAUCCCCUCGAAUAAUGCCGACCUCUUGCCGCAACCGUAAAAUGGACACAUCGCGACCAACUUCUCCUGCCACAUGGCCUCCACUUGUUAAUGGGAGCUCAUGGGCUGAACAUAGUCGAUAGUAGUUGUAGUAUUAGUGGAAAUGAAAGCGAUUUAUCGAAAUAUGUACAUACGAAUAUUCACGGACAGCGGAUACCGAUGGCCCAGUUCUUGGGAUCUUGCGGAUCCAAUGUACCCUCAUCUACACUCACACAUUCUCGAGGCCUUUCAUUUAUGUUUCUUGUCUUCUUAAUCUUAAGGCUGUUUGACCGCGAUAAAAACUCUAUAAUCCCCAACUCACAAUCCCCGUUUCGAUUCUUAUUUAACCCGAGCCUGUGCACUCGAGUAGAACUCGCAGAAUGAGAAACGAGAUUGCAAUAAACGAACCGACGCUAUGCAAAUGGAAA